AUGUCCGCCAUACCCAACCUCCCAGAACAAGACCACCAUCCCCUCGAAAAAGACCUAGACGCCGUUCUCGACAAGGCCAUCCCUUCCACAGCCACAAAAAGGGUAGACUCACCCACCAAUGCCACCACUUUUGCCUCCCCUUCCUCCUCUGCUGGCUUCGCUCUCCACGACGUCCCCAUCGAGAACCUACGACCCCUGAAAGUUAUUGUCGUGGGUGCAGGAUACUCUGGCAUCUAUCACGGCAUACGCAUUCCAGAGCGCUUGCGCAAUGUAGACUUGACCAUCUACGACAAGAAUGCCGGUGUGGGCGGUACGUGGUACGAGAACAGGUAUCCGGGUUGUGCUUGUGAUAUACCAUGUAAGUUUGACCCUUUUUUUUUGAUCCCUGCACAUCCCAACGGUCCAAAUCCAGCAGAAUAG